UGAAGAGGAGGAGCCUGAAAAUCUGACAGAUAUAUAAGGAGUAUUUGUUUCAAGCAGAACAACACACAAAUGGUAAAACGGAUAUCUGUUGUGAUCUACUGAGAAAAGAUUGAGAAGUGGGAAAUGAUGAUAUUUUUAGUGGCUCUUCUUCCAGUUGUAUUGGGCAUUGACUGUAAAUUCAUGCCAUUCGACUGUUCUGACAUCUAUAAAUCAGAACAAAAAAAUAGUGGGAUUUACCCCAUCUAUCCAACAGAUGAUGUUCCUCUCUGGGUUUAUUGUCAGAUGAUCUCAGAUGGGAAAGAUGAAGACAAUGGAGGAUGGACGGUGAUUCAGAGGAGAAUGGACGGCAGUGUGAAUUUCUUUCAGCCGUGGAAUCAGUACAAGAGAGGAUUUGGGAAUGUGGAGGGAGAAUACUGGCUGGGGCUGGAGAACAUGUACCAGCUGACACGCAACAACAAGUACAUGCUGAGAGUGGAUCUGGAGGACUUCACUGGAAGGAAAGGUUUUGCUCUGUACUCGUCUUUCUCUGUGGGUCCUGAAGCUGAUGGGUAUAAACUACAAGUUUCAGGAUUCAAGGCUGGAGGAGCAGGUGACUCUUUGACCGAACACAGCAAUCAGAAAUUCUCCACCUUUGACAGGGAUCAAGACUCUAAUGCAACAAACUGUGCCAGACAGUACCUCGGGGGAUUUUGGUACAAAAAGUGCCAUGCAACAAACCCCAAUGGUGUGUAUAUAUGGGGUGAAGAUUCCACACAUUACGCCAUUGGAAAUAUAUGGAAGACCUGGAAGAACAAUUUCACUGUUGGUAUGAAAUCCAUCAUCAUGAAGAUCAGACGUGUUUCUUAGACAUUCGAAGAAACAUUACAGUGUUUCUCAAAAUUAAAAUACAAAUCAAUCAAAUUAAGGUUGAAAAGUUUCCUUUUCUCUGUAAACUGUGUAACUUAGAAAAUCUGGUGUUGUGUACACAUAAUUUAUUAUUAUUUAUGUUUUGGGUUACUUUUUAAAAUUUACAACGGAAACAAAUAAGUUAUCUUCAAUAAAUUGUAGCAAUUAAAGGCAUUAUGUGCUGUUGUAUAUUUUUUCCACAUUAGA